GGAGCCUCGCCGGUUCGGGCGCCGCUGCGGGCUGGGCGGAUGCUCAGCGCUUCUGCCGCCAGCGCCUGCUCCUUGCUGGGGACCAUGCAGGAGCCCCUGCUGGGAGCCGAGGGCCUGGACUAUGACACCUUCCCGGAGAAGCCGCCCCCGUCGCCGGGGGAGAGGGCGCGAGUCGGGGCCCUGCAGAACAAAAGGGUGUUCCUGGCCACCUUCGCCGCCGUGCUAGGCAAUUUCAGCUUUGGGUAUGCCCUGGUCUACACGUCCCCCGUCAUCCCAGCCCUGGAGCACUCCUUGGAUCCGGACCUACAUCUCACCAAAAGCCAGGCAUCCUGGUUUGGGUCUGUGUUCACCUUGGGAGCCGCAGCUGGCGGCCUCAGUGCCAUGGUACUCAAUGACCUCCUGGGCCGGAAGCUCAGCAUCAUGUUCUCGGCUGUGCCCUCGGCGGCCGGCUACGCGCUCAUGGCAGGUGCCCAUGGCCUCUGGAUGCUGCUGCUGGGCAGGAUGCUGACGGGCUUCGCUGGGGGACUCACAGCUGCCUGCAUCCCGGUCUACGUGUCUGAGAUUGCUCCCCCAGGCGUUCGUGGGGCCCUGGGGGCCACGCCCCAGCUCAUGGCAGUAUUUGGAUCCCUGUCCCUCUACGCCCUUGGCCUCCUGCUGCCCUGGCGCUGGCUGGCUGUGGCCGGAGAGGCCCCCGUGCUCACCAUGAUCCUGCUGCUCAGCGUCAUGCCCAACUCACCACGCUUUCUGCUCUCGCGGGGCAAGGACGAGGAGGCGCUGCAGGCGCUGGCCUGGCUGCGCGGGGCCGACGCCGACGUCCAGUGGGAGUUUGAGCAGAUUCAGGACAACAUCCGGAGACAGAGCAGCCGAGUGUCGUGGGCCGAGGCCCGGGACCCCCACGUGUACCGGCCUGUCGCCAUCGCCUUGCUGAUGCGCCUUCUGCAGCAGCUGACCGGCAUCACGCCCAUCCUGGUCUACCUGCAGCCCAUCUUUGACAGCACCGCCGUCCUGCUGCCCCCGCAGGAUGACGCCGCCAUCGUGGGGGCCGUGAGGCUCCUGUCCGUGCUGAUCGCUGCCCUCACCAUGGACCUCGCCGGCCGCAAGGUCCUGCUCUUCGUCUCAGCAAGUGUCAUGUUCGCUGCCAACCUGACACUGGGGCUGUACGUCCACUUUGGUCCGAGGUCUCUGACCCCCAACAGCACCAUGGGCCUUGAGAACGCGCCACUGGGGGGCCCAGAGCAGCCCCUGGCCACACCCACCAGCUACCUCACCCUGGUGCCCCUCCUGGCCACCAUGCUCUUCAUCAUGGGCUACGCCAUGGGCUGGGGGCCCAUCACCUGGCUGCUCAUGUCCGAGAUCCUGCCUCUGCGCGCCCGUGGCGUGGCCUCGGGGCUCUGCGUGCUGGUCAGCUGGCUCACCGCCUUCGUGCUCACCAAGUCCUUCCUGCUGGUGGUGAGCGCCUUUGGUCUCCAGGUGCCCUUCUUCUUCUUCGCGGCCAUCUGCUUAGCGAACCUGGUGUUCACGGGCUGCUGCGUGCCCGAGACCAAGGGCCGGUCACUGGAGCAGAUAGAAUCCUUCUUCCGCACCGGGAGGAGGUCCUUCCUGCGCUAGGUCCGCGUCCCCGCCUGGGGUGCCACACCACUGGGCAGCCAGGCCUCUGCGUUGGCCGAAAACCCGAAGCCUGGGACCAGGGGCCAGAAGCAAUCCCUACUGCCGCCAGAACACGGAGGACCCGCCAAGGGCGGCCCAGGGCCCACUGGAGCACAGCUCCCGGCUCUAGCCAGGCAGCGCCGCCGUCCAGGGUGGCCCACGGUGUUCCGGCACUUCAGGCAAGACCUGCAGGGAGAGGAGGCAGCCACGGGCCACCAGAGAGCACACGGCCCAGCCCAGGACCAGGCCCUGCGGGGCAACCUGGGGCCUGUUCCUUACUCAUGUGAGAAGGACACUCCCCACAGAAGGCCGUAGUGAGGACAGAGAGCAGGGCUGGAGGCAGCGACGUGACAGGAACAUGUCCUGCUCUGAUCACUCAGCCACCACCAAGCAUCUCGCCUAUGGGAGGAAGACGGGGCGCUGCCCCCACAGGAGUCUGCGGUCACCCGGGGGGACAUCCUGGACUUCUGAGAGCCAGGCACAGGGCCCAGUGUGGCCACUUCCUCCUCCCCAGCCCGGCCUCUGGGAACGGGGGUCUCCCGUCUGCAAACUGUGUUCA